UCCUCUCCUCCGUCCCCGCCUCCCCUGUGGGCGCCCCUGCCUCCGCCUCUGCCCACCCGGCCCAGUCCCUUACAACUGCCCCAGGACCGCUCCGGGGAAGCCGCUGCACAACAGACAGCUACCAGGUUGCCCCUCUCUGCUUCAGCUAGCAAGACUUGAGUUAGACAAGCAGAAGCAUACGCCUCCCUGCCUCAUGGCGACAGAAAACGGAGCAGUUGAGCUGGGAAUCCAGAGUUCAUCAACAGACAAGGCACCUCAAGGUGCAGCAGGUGAAGGACCCCCGGCUACAGAGAAAGAUCCUGGCCUCCCAGACCCACAGAAGGAACCUGGCUCCCUAGACCCACAGAAGAAAACUGGCCCCCCAGACCCAAAGAAGGAACCUGGCCCCCCAGAUCCAAAUAAUGAACCUACUCCCCUAGAUCCAAAGAAAGAACCUGGUCCCCUAGAUUCAAAGAAGGAACCUGGCCCCCCAGACCCAAAAAAGCAAACUGGCCCUCCAGACCCAAAGAAGGAACCUGGACCCCCAGAUUCAAAGAAGGAACCUGGCCCCCCCAAAUCAAAGAAGGAACCUGGCCUCCCAGACCCAAAGAAGGAACCUGGCCCCCCAGAUUCAAAGAAAGAAACUGGCCCCCCAAAAUCAAAGAAGGAACCUGGCCCCCCAGACCCAAAGAAAGAAACUGGCCCCCCAGAUCCAAACAAGGAACCUGGCCCCCCAGAUUCAAAGAAGGAACCUGGCCCCCGAGAUUCAAAGAAGGAACCUGGCCCCCCAAAAUCAAAGAAGGAACCUGGCCCCCCAGACCCAAAGAAAGAAACUGGCCCCCCAGAUCCAAACAAGGAACCUGGCCCCCCAGAUUCAAACAAGGAACCUGGCCCCCCAGAUUCAAAGAAGGAACCUGGCCCCCCAGACCCAAAGAAGGAACCUGGCCCCCCAGAUCCAAAGAAGGAACCUGGCCCCCCAGAUUCAAAGAAAGAACCUGGCCCCCCAGAUCCAAAGAAGGAACCUGGCCCUCCAAAAUCAAAGAAGGAACCUGGCCCCCCAGACCCAAAGAAAGAAACUGGCCCCCCAGAUCCAAACAAGGAACCUGGCCCCCCAGAUUCAAAGAAGGAACCUGGCCCCCCAGAUUCAAAGAAAGAACCUGGCCCCCCAGACCCAAAGAAGGAACCUGGUCCCCCAGACUCAAAGAAAGAACCUGGCCCCCCAGACCCAAAAAAGCAAACUGGCCCCCCAGACCCAAAAAAGCAAACUGGCCCCCCAGACCCAAAGAAGGAACCUGGCCCCCCAGACCCAAAGAAGGAACCUGGCCCCCCAGACCCAAAGAAGGAACCUGGCCCCCCAGACCCAAAGAAAGAACCUGGUCUACCCACCCUGAAGAAAGGUGACAAAGUCCCUGCCUCAGAGAGAGGGGAUGAUGCCCCAGCCCAACCCUCAACUGGCAGCCAGGGCCCCGAGGGAGAAGGCGACUUGGGUGAGUGUCCUGCGGAAGGCAGUGUGGGGCAGCCGGCAGCCCUGCCCCAGCAGACCCAGACUCCAGAAGUGGGGGCCGGUGUCAAGAAGCCCAACGAGGACGACAAUCAGGGGACCUCGGGCAGCCAGGAUCCCGGAGAGCCCAAGGCGGGAAAGAAGGCGGCAGAGGGCCGAGCAGGGGCCAAGAGUGGCUUACCCGCCUUUUCACACAGCCCCAGCUGCCCCGCCGUCAUCUCCAGCCCUGAGGAGCUGCUGGCCGAGAAGCCCCCAAAUGAGGCAUCGGAGCUCAUUUUUGAAGGGGUGCCCAUAACCCCCGGCCCCACGGAUCCCGAACCAGCCAGGGAAGCAGAAGAAGGGAAAAACAUCCUGGGAGGCAGCCAGGAGGAAGCAGGAGAGAAGGCUUCAGGCCAGGCUGGCCAGGCCAAGGUGCAAGGGGACACCUCGAGGGGGAUCGAGUUCCAGGCUGUGUCCCCGGAGAGAUCGGAGGUGGGGCAGGCCUUCUGUCCCACAGCCAGGGAGGAGGACUGCUUCCAGAUUUUGGACGAUUGCCCACCACCCCCGGCCCCCUUCCCCCACCGCAUUGUGGAGCUGAGGACGGGGAAUGUCAACAGUCAAUUCACCAUGAACUCCAAGGAUGCGCUGGGCGGGGGCAAGUUUGGAGCGGUCUGCACCUGCACAGAGAAAGCCACGGGCCUCAAGUUGGCAGCCAAGGUCAUCAAGAAACAGACACCCAAAGACAAGGAAAUGGUGAAGCUCGAGAUCGAGGUUAUGAACCAGCUGAACCACCGCAAUCUGAUCCAGCUGUACGCAGCCAUUGAGACGCCACAGGACAUCGUCCUGUUCUUGGAGUACAUCGAGGGCGGCGAGCUCUUCGAGAGGAUUGUGGAUGAGGACUAUCAGCUGACCGAGGUGGAUACCAUGGUGUUUGUCAGGCAGAUCUGCGACGGGAUCCUCUUCAUGCAUAAGAUGCGGGUUCUGCACCUGGACCUCAAGCCAGAGAACAUCCUGUGUGUCAACACCACGGGCCACUUGGUGAAGAUCAUUGACUUCGGCCUGGCACGGAGGUAUAACCCCAACGAGAAGCUGAAGGUGAAUUUUGGGACCCCAGAGUUCCUGUCACCUGAGGUGGUGAAUUAUGACCAAAUCUCCGACAAGACAGACAUGUGGAGUCUGGGGGUCAUCACCUACAUGCUGCUGAGUGGCCUCUCCCCCUUCCUGGGAGAUGAUGACACAGAGACCCUGAACAAUGUUCUGUCUGGCAACUGGUACUUUGACGAGGAGACCUUCGAGGCUGUGUCAGAUGAGGCCAAAGACUUCGUCUCCAACCUCAUCGUCAAGGACCAGGGGGCCCGUAUGAGCGCCGCCCAGUGCCUCGCCCACCCCUGGCUCAACAACCUGGCGGAGAAAGCCAAGCGCUGUAAUCGACGCCUCAAGUCCCAGAUCUUGCUUAAGAAAUACCUCAUGAAGAGACGCUGGAAGAAAAACUUCAUUGCUGUCAGCGCUGCCAAUCGCUUCAAGAAGAUCAGCAGCUCGGGGGCACUGAUGGCACUGGGGGUCUGAGCCCCAGGAGCGGCUGAGGCCUGGAUGCAGCUGCACAGUGGCCAGGGCUGAGGCCGCACAGCCCAGAAGGCCGGAGCAGAUGGGCCAGACCCCAGGCUGGGCUGGCCAGGACAAGGCUGCACCAGGCUGGGAGGCUCGGGGCUCCCUGCGCCCCCACGCAGUGACUGCUUCCCCGAUGACAGCCACCUCGGAUGAGGUCUGAAUCCAUCCUGCUAACGCCUGCCCAGACGGGGCUCCGGCCCUUUGGCCGCAGUCCAGACACCACGGGCCUGUCGGUCCCUCCCUGGCUCCCUCCUCUUGGAACCACUGCCCUGCCCUGCUCGGCCCCACCUGGGCAUCCCUGGCCCGGGCUCGCUCCUAGCUGAAGUAGGAGGGCUCGGGGUCCCAGUGUGGGGGGCUCCUGUGGCUGUGGAUGGGAGGCUCUUGGUGGGGCAGGAAGGCAACAAAGCCGAUUCCUGAGGCCCAGCUGCUGGGGAGACAGAGCAGGCUUUGUGAAGAAGGAUCUUCAUGCCCUGCCCACCUCCCCACACCCAACAGAUAAGGCCCAGCACACACCAUCUGGCCAGGUCCCACUCCCGCCCACCUUCCUUGCCGACCACCAACACACAGGAACUCCGUGUGAGAGAGAGGACGCCCGGCCCAGGCCUGGCGGAGGGGGUGGGGAGGGGCCUGGGGGACACGGGAGACCACCCUUGAGCUAGCUAGAGGGCCAAGCCGGCUCAUCCCAGCCAUUCUAGGCCCCCAUGCCAGGGGGUAUGGUCACCCUUGGGCCUCAGAGGGUAGGGUCAGCAGGCCCAGGAGGAGUGGGAAGGCCGUGGGGUGGCCCCCAACCUGCUCUCAGCUUGUGCCUUGUAAAUAAAUGUACAGGUUGG